AUGGAGUCCCCCACGCGUCCCAUCCUCAGCCCAUCCAAAGUCCUCCAUCCGGUCUCCCCGGAACGCAUGAAUCAACAAGGCCUGCCGGUCUCACCAUCACUACCCACAGACCUCCUCUCCCUACACCACAAAAAUACCAAGGGUGUCUCUGAGGUUCAGGCCAAGGUCGCUUUUCUGAACAAUCUCUCGCGGCAGGGGAGCCCUGUUUCCGCAAACCGGUUGUCACCCGCCGACAAUGCCGCCCUGCAGAGGGCCAUACUAGGCCGCGAAGAGGCCGAGUCUGCUCUUGCCUCAGUAUCCGACCAGCUUUCCGAAGCGCAAUCCCGAGAGCGCCGCAUCAGCGAGCGUCUCGAGUCUUUGCUAGAGGAGUUGCAUGGGACCAAAGAACGCCAAGCACAUGAACGCUCCAUCUUCGAGAAGGAAAUUCGAAAGGCGCGCAAAGAGGCAUUUCGUGCGGGAUCGACCCUGGUGAAGGUGCAAGAAGAAUUCAAGCACUCGAAAUCAGAAGUCAAGGCCUUGAAAGAUGAGGUCAGUGCCGAGAGGGAGGCUAAGGAUCAGGCGAAGCAGGAAGCAUUCGAACGUGCCUAUGCUCUCGCCGGCCUCACGGAAGAACUCCAGAUGCUCAAGGAAAAGCUACGCUCCGUUGAAACAGACCAUCGUUCGAGUACGCUGGAAAUCCGAGCACACGAGAUGCGGAGAGAAGAUGUCGGUCGGAUAUCACUGGCAGAAGGCGACCUUGCCUUCUUGACCACCCCCCGCCGGCCAAAGAGAGCUGCUGCGGAUUCUGUCAGGUCCCCUGUACCGGAACAAGAAAACACAACUGAAAAUACGCCACCAAAGAGACAACGCCUGUCAGACUGCACACCUCAAGUCGAAAAAGACGAUGCCGUGGAUACGGAUUCAGCACCAUCGAACCAGAAUCAAGACGAACUGGACGAUCUUAAGGACGAGCUGAAGUAUGAGAAGCGCCGCAGAGUUGAAGCGGAAGAAAUGAUUCACUUCCUCAACAUCGAGUGCCAAUUCGAACGGUGCUCAUGCCGCAUCGCGGAAAGCCAGGGUCGCCGCUACAUUUACGACGCCGAAUAUUUUGAGAAAUACCAAAAGCCCCAGUUGGAAGAGGCCGCACGACGCAGCGCCGAACGAAAGAGCGCGGAAUCUAUCCCAACCAGACAUGCCAACCCGAUUUCUCCCCUCGACCGCCCUCAACCGGAGCCCAUUGUCAAGUCUGAGCCAGCAGAUCCACCAGAGAAGAUGCAGGCCCCUGCAGAGCCCUUGGUGACCUUCUCGCCGGAAACUGGGACCUUCCGCACCUUCCCUUCGCCCAUUCGAGACAGCGCCAGACCCACGCCACGGGAUUCUUUCGCAACGCCCGAGCUGGCUGAACUCCAUACCGGCGCUCAUGAGCAGCCAUCUGCAUCUUCCAGUGCUGCUCCUUUCGACUCAUUCACACCCUCGGGUGAACCCAUCGGAACGUCUCACACCACUCCAGACGUUGCAGAGAACCACGAACGCCCGAAAUCCAUAGAAUAUCGACCUACGCGACGCCCUGCUGAGCGAGAAAACCACCAGCACCAGCCUUCGACGCGAAGGGUCCCUUUGCGAGCAGCACCCGAACCUCACACUACCAUCUCCGACACACCCAUCAACCGAGAAGACGCCCUAGCGCAAAUCAGGGCACGGCGGGGCCGGGCCCGCAGUAUGAAGCGAUCCGUGAGUGCGAAUGAAGCUACUGGCCGAUCAGGCGGCUCAUCCGGCUCCAGCACGACGACCCCAGGCAGAGGCCCCCGGCGCGUCCCCAACACCACGCGGCCAAUAGCCAAAAGCGAGAACGACCUGGGUGAACGCCGCGACUUGAGCGCCCCCGUUCGCAUGUUCCGCCGAUGA